UUUCUACUUCUUUUCACAGGAUAAUAUAAACGUUUUUUUGAAAGCUUGUGAACAGAUUGGAUUGAAAGAAGCCCAGCUUUUCCAUCCUGGAGAUCUGCAGGAUUUAUCUAAUCGCGUCACUGUCAAGCAAGAAGAGACCAGUAGGAGAGUGAAAAAUGUUUUGAUAACAUUAUACUGGCUGGGAAGAAAAUCACAGAGUAACCCCUACUAUAAUGGUCCCUAUCUUAAUUUGAAAGCAUUUGAGAAUCUUUUAGGACAAACUCUUACCAAGGCACUUGAAGACUGUAGUAGCCUGAAAAGAAGUGGCCGGGACAGUGGUUACGGUGAUAGCUGGUGUGCAGAGCGAGGAGAGUUUCCUGCUCCUCCAGGCAGCCAAAGGAGAGAAGAUUCUUUUGAAAGCUUGGACUCCUUGGGGUCGAGGUCAUUUACAAGCUGCUCUUCUGAUAUCACACUGAGAGGGGGACGUGAAGGCUGCGAAAGUGAUACAGAUUCCGAAUUUGCAUUCAAAAUGCAGGAUUAUAAUAAGGAUGACAUGUCCUAUAGAAGGAUUUCAGCCAUUGAACCCAAGUCAGCCUUACCCUUCAAUCGCUUCUUACCCAACAAGAGUCGACAACCAGCCUAUGUGCCAGCACCCUUGAGGAAGAAAAAGCCGGAUAGAAAUGAAGAUAACCGGAGAAGCUGGGCAAGCCCAGCAUAUGCAGGCACUGAUGGAGCAUUCCCCAGUCACGAGAGGAGGACUUGGGCCACAUCUAUGGAGAACUGGUCAUCUGUACAACUAACCUCUCAUUCCCCUCGCUGUUUGGAAGAGGAAAGAAAGACAAGCAUGCACAACAUCUCAAGGGAUGAUCUUUAUGUGCGAAAGCUAUGUCCCAUCAUGCCGGCCCCAGGAAAUGCUUCUGAUCAGUUCCUUCCCAAAUGUUGGAUCCCAGAAGAUGUGAACUGGAAAAGGAUCAAAAGGGAAACUUAUAAACCAUGGUAUAAAGAAUUUCAGGGAUUCAGUCAGUUUUUAUUACUUCAGGCCCUCCAAUCAUACUCGGAUGACGUCUUGUCUUCUAAAACACAUGCCAAAAUUGACCCCACUGCGGGCCCCAGGCUCAUAACCCGCAGAAAGAAUCCCUCUUCUGCAUUAGGGUACAGAAGAGAUGACCUUGAAUUGACAGCCCUGGACCCCGACCUAGAGAACGAUGAUUUCUUUGUCAGAAAGAUGAGGACUUUCCAUGCCAAUCCCUAUGUCUUCCGGGCUUUUGAAGACUUUAGAAGAUUUUCUGAGCAAGAGGAUCCCGUAGAGCGUGAUAUCAUUUUGCAGUGUAGAGAAGGGGAACUGGUCCUGCCUGAUUUGGAAAGAGAUGAUAUGAUCAUUCGCCGGAUGCCUGCACAGAAGAAAGAGGUGCCUCUGUCGGGUGCCCCUGAUCGAUACCAACCAGUUCCCUUCCCUGAACCUUGGACGCUUCCUCCAGAAAUUCAAGCCAAAUUUCUUUGUGUGCUUGAAAGGACUUGCCCGUCCAAAGAAAAGAAUAAUAGUUGUCGAGUGCUGGUUCCUUCGUACCGGCAGAAGAAAGAUGACAUGUUGGCUCGUAAGAUCCAGUCUUGGAAGCUGGGAACUGUUGUACCUCCUAUCAGCUUCACCCCUGGGCCCUGCAGUGAGGCUGAUUUACGCAAAUGGGAGGCCAUCCGGGAGGCCAGCAGGCUUAGGCACAGAAAACGGCUGAUGGUGGAGAGACUUUUUCAAAAGAUUUAUGGUGAAAAUGGGAGUAAGUCCAUGAGUGAUGUCAGUGCAGAGGAUGUUCAGCAGCUGCGUCAGCUACGUUAUGAGGAAAUGCAGAAAAUAAAAUCGCAAUUAAAAGAACAAGAUCAGAAAUGGCAGGAUGACCUUGCCAAGUGGAAAAGUCGUCGCAAGAGCUACACCUCGGAGCUGCAGAAGAAAAAAGAAGAGCGAGAAGAAAUCGAAAAGCAGGCUCUAGAGACAUCUGACAGGAGCUCUAAGACCUUUAAGGAGAUGCUUCAGGACAGGGAGUCCCGAGAUCAAGUCUCUACAAUUACAUCAAGGAGGAGAAUUUACUCUUCUGAUGAUGUGCUAAGUGAAGAAGUUUCCUCCCUUUCAUUGACCAUGUCAGCAGCAAGUGACCAGAGUGGGAGAGUGGAAGAGAAAGGAACCACGUCUCCUGUAGAAGUACCACCUGAAGAAGAUUCUACGACUUUUGCAAAAACAGAGGACAGUAGCACAGGUUUUGCAAAAACAGAGGACAGUAGAACAGUUGAAAUUCAGCUUCCUUCUAAGAGCUACGUGGAAGAACACCGCCCGGUUUCUUUGUCUUCUCAGCACUCCCUGAGCACUCAAAUAGAGUCGACUCGAGUUUCAACUUCUUUCCCCAGAAGUUACCAGAAAACUGAUACAGCCAGGUUAACAUCUGUGGUCACAGCGAGACCUUUUGGCUCACAUUCAAGAGGAAUCACAUCACUCCCGAGAUCCUACACGCUGGAUGAUUCCUGGAAGUAUAAUGGAGAUGUAGACAGCCUUAAGAGGACUCAGAACAGUUCCAGCAGCGCCUCGACACGAAUCCAGGAACCUAUCCCACUUGCUCCAGGCUUGUCCAGUGUGCGUGAGACACCAGUAGAGAAUGAACCAAGAAGUGUCUCUCCUACCCCUUCCUUGUCAUCUCUUUCCCAGGACCAGCCUGCCAUUUCUAAAGCCACAUUGUCUACUACGUCUGGUCUCGAUUCCAUGUCUGAAUCUGGGGAAGGGCAAGGCUCACCGCAGAGGGAGGUUUCAAAGUCACAGGAUCAGUUCAGUGAUAUGAGAAUCAGCAUAAACCAGACGCCUGGGAACGCUCUUGACUUUGGCUUUACAGUAAGAUGGGAUUUUUCCGGCAUCUUCGUAGAUUCAGUCGAAGCAGGUAGUCCAGCAGAAUUUUCUCAGCUACAGGUAGAUGAUGAGAUUAUUGCUAUUAACAACACCAAGUUUUCAUAUAAGGACACAAAAGAGUGGGAGGAAGCCAUGGCUAAUGCUCAAGAAACUGGAAACCUAGUGAUGGAUAUCAGGCGCUAUGGAAAGUCUGGUUCACCUGAAACAAAAUGGAUUGAUGCAACUUCUGGAAUCUACAACUCAGACAAAUCUUCAACUAUAUCAAUAACAACUGAUUUCUCAGAAAGCCGGCAGAGCUCUAAUAUUCAAUCCAAAGAAGUCAAUGGAAUUUGUGAUGAAAGCAAUAACUUGGAAACAAAAGCAUCUGAACCUAUUUCUUUGAAAAACUUAAAAAGGCGGUCACAAUUUUUUGAACAAGGAAGUGCCGAUUCUGUGGUUCCGGAUCUCCCAGUUCCAACCAUCAGUGCAUCAAGUCGCUGGGCCUGGGAUCAAGAGGAGGAGCGAAGGCGGCAGGAAAGAUGGCAGAAGGAGCAGGACCGGCUGUUGCAGGAGAAAUAUCAGCGCGAGCAAGAGAAAUUGAGAGAAGAAUGGCAGAAGGCUAAGCAGGAGGCCGAGCAAGAAAAUUCUAAAUACUUGAAUGAGGAACUCAUGGUUCUAAACUCAAGCAGCAUUUCUUUGACCACUCGGGAGCCUGCAGUGCCUUCCUGGGAAGCCAGCUGGGGUGAAGGAUCCAAGUCUUCGGAUAGGGAAGGAACUCGAGCAGGAGAGGAGGAGAGCGGCCUGCAGCCAGAGGACAGUGUGCAGAAGCUGCAGGAGCAACUUAUUCUUGAGGAGGGGAAGCUGAAGGAGGAGCAGCAGUAUCAGGAGGAACAGGAGCUGAAGCAGCGUCAGUACCAGGAGGAAUUGGAGCAGCGUCAGUACCUGGAGGAGCAGAAGCAGCAACAGUAUCAGGAGGAGCUGAAGCAACGUCAGUACCAAGAGGAGCUGAAGCAGAGACAGUACCAGGAGGAGUUGAAGCAGAAGCAGUGGCAGGCUGAGGCUGAGGCACAGAAGCAGCGAGCAGAGGAACAGAAGCGCCAGGUGGAGAGAGAAAGGGAAACAUCAGUGAAAAUAUACCAAUAUAAAAGGCCUAUUGAUUCCUAUGACAUACCAAAGAAAGAAGAAGAAUCUUCAGGUUUACUUCCUAGUGACAGGAAUAAAUCUAGAUCUACUACUGAACUGGAUGGUUUUCCCAUAAAUAAAAAUGGAAGCAAUAAAUAUGUAGACCGAAUUGGGAACACAAGCUCCUUGCAAAGGACCUUCAAGAAGGAACAAGUCCUGUCAGGAGCAGAGUUGGAGAGACAACAAAUCCUUCAAGAAAUGAGAAAGAGAACCUCCCUCCACAAUGACAACAGCUGGAUCCGCCAACGCAGUUCCAGUGUAAAUAAAGAGCCUAUUUGUCUACCUGGGAUUAUGCGCAGGGGUGAGUCUCUGGAUAACCUAGAUUCUCCAAGAUCCCAUUCCUGGAGACAGGCCCCAUGGCUCCAUCAGUCUACUGGUGUCUACGCUUCUUCCUCGGUUCAAGACUUCAGCCGGCCGCCACCCCAAAUGUUGUCCACGUCAAACAGAGCCUACAUGCGGACACCCUCUUCCAGCAUACCCCCACCUUCCACAGGAUCUGUGAUAAUUCCCAGCGCCCCGUCCCCCAUCCCACGCAGCCAGUCCCCCUCAGCGACUCAGUCAGGCUCUCAGCUGCGAAACAAUGCGUGUCCUGUGAGCGUGACCUCGGAGGCUCCACCAAAGGAGCUGAAGUCAGAAUCAGACACAAUGAGCUGUACUGCAACGACUGCUAUCUCAGAUUCAAAUCUGGCCGGCCAACUGCCAUGUGAUGUAAGCGCCCAUACGAAAGCACUGUUGCAGAUAGAAGAAGAGGUGUUUUCUGCUGAUAGAGAUCUAUAAAUAUAUGUUGUAUGUCUUUUUUGACUUUUUUAAAGAAUAACCCCUCCUUUUCUUUUUUUUUUUUUUUUUUUUGCCUCGUUAGAUUACACCAGAACAUUAGAGUGUUGGUAGAACCUGUAUUUUUGUUGUUUAUUUAUAAGAAGGUAAUUAUACAUGGGGGGAAAAGUGCAGUAUUUACUUUUCAGCUUCAUCUUUAAAGCACAAGAAAAAGAAUGUGUUUAAAACGCUUCAGGUGAAUGAUUUCAUUUGACUUUUUUAGUGGAAUUUUGAAGAGGGAUAUUUUAUUGUUUUUAAAAAAAAGGUUCUGAGACAUUAUUUGAAAUAGUUAAUAUAAAUAUGUAAUUGCAUUUGCUCUUUUUAUUAUAAUGUACACUAAAUUAAUACAGAACCACUUGGGAAAUUUCACCAAUAUCCAUCCCUAAACUCAUUUUCUGUAUUCUAUCUAUGUAAUAUUAUGACUUUUUAAAACGACUCUAGCUUCCAUAACAUUUUAUUUGCUUGUUGGGGAGAGCUCUGUCUUCAUGAGAAUUGUUGCUGAGAAAUCCCAAUAGAAGAUCGUUGCUUUUCAUAAAUGCAGAAUCAACAUAAUCUGUAUACAAGAGCUUUAUCCAGAAACUAGGGAGCCUUUCUCAUCAGCUGAAUAUGUAAAUAAACUUGGUGAUGCAUUUAACAAA